ACCCCGGGUUUCAGUCAGUGGGAACAACGAGGGAACCGGGAAGAGAAGCCCACUCUGACCAGAGCGUCGUCAUCCUGCACGCCAAGGUGGCUCAGAAGUCCUACGGCAACGAGAAGAGGUUCUUCUGUCCUCCGCCCUGUGUUUACAUCCGUGGUCAUGGAUGGAAGGUCAUGCAGGAUCAUCUAAAGGCGGCUGGUUAUGGAGACUCUGUGUAUCGCAUGUGUGGUUACAUGUGUCUGGACAACUCCAGUCAGUCUCAGGCCGACACUUUCAAACUGGUCUUCGAUGAGCAGCCAGACUCCACGAUGUUUGCCUGCGCCAAGUCGCUGUUCAUCUCUGAUCAGGACAAGAGGAAACACUUCCGCCUCCUGCUUCGACUCUUCCUGGGCAACAGACAGGAAGUGGGUUCAUUCCAGAGCAGACUGAUCAAAGUUAUCUCCAAACCGUCACAGAAGAGACAGUCCAUGAAGAACGUCGACCUGUGUAUCUCCUCGUGCUCCAGAGUUGCUUUGUUCAACCGACUGCGCUCUCAGACGGUCAGCACUCGUUACCUCUCAGUGGACAGAGGAGCUUUUGUAGCCAGCGCCAGACAGUGGACAGCCUUCACCAUCACCAUGGUAGAGGACCAAAGUGCUAACCAAGGAGACUUUGUGCUGAGCGAAGGUUUCAUCUGUUACGGAGCUGUGGUCCAGUUAGUGUGCACGGAGUCUGGAGUAGCACUGCCACCAAUGGUGAUUCGUAAGGUCAACAAGCAACACGCCAUCCUUGACGUGGACGAGCCUGUUUCUCAGCUUCACAAGUGCGCCUUCCAGUUCAGAGACGACCCUCAGGCCUACCUGUGUUUAUCUAACGACAGCAUCAUCCAGUACCUGGCUCCCUCCAGCCUCAGAGACCCCAGCAGAGUGGUGCUGAACGACGGAUCCUGUUGGACCAUCAUCGGAGUGGAGAUGGUGGAAUUCACCUUUAACGAGGGUCUGGCCUGUGUCCAGACGCCAGUCAGUCCUUUUCCUGUUAUCAUAGGGUUAGAGGUGAACGGCGGCGGACACGUUGCCAUGAUGGAAAUCCACGGAGAAAACUUCAGCCCUCAUCUCAAAGUCUGGUUUGGCAACAGUGAAGCUGAGACCAUGUUCAAGUCGCCCAAAUCUCUGCUCUGUGUCGUCCCUGACGUCUCUGUGUUCAGCGACGGGUGGCGCUCUCUGCGUCGGGUCAUCACCGUCCCUCUGUCUCUCAUCCGAUUGGACGGCCUGAUUUAUCGCACCUCAUUCAGUUUCACCUACACCCCCGAGCUCCAGCCGCCUUCCUCUGUCCGAGGAGCGGGAGGAGGGGGAGGGAAGAGGGACGGAGGGAUGGACGAGGGACAGGAGGACGACGUCCUGCUGGAGACCAUCCACCAGGAGUUCACCAGAGCCAAUUUCCACCUCUUCAUGUCAAGUUGACUUCAUAAUCAGGUGCCGAUCGCAGCAGGACACCGAUUAUCACAUUUCAGAUCAAGACUCUGAACCUGACUGACUGAAUUUCAUCUGAGUCAACACGAUUAUUUUUAAUAUAUGACACGAAAAUAUCCGUCAACAUUAAAUCCAGGUCACUCCAUCAAAUUAUUGAGUUUAAUCACAGGUUCAGUCUGUAACUGAAUGAAAUGUUUAUUAUAUGUCAGACCUGUGUUAUAUCUGUAUCCGUGUGUUCUUACUUUAUAUUUUCAAACCUGCAGAAAUCUGUUGUUUUAAUCAAGAUAACGCUGCGUUUCACUUGGUCGCCUGUUGGUGGCGUCAUGUCCUCUUUGUGCACGAGUCUGGAUCUGAAGUUUUCAGAGAAACACGAGUUUAACGUGACGCUGCUUUAUUCACUGGUUUAACUGGUUAAAUUUACAAACGUG